CUGGCAGAUACGUUCGUUAGACUACUCCUUUUUGCCCGUGGACGCCGCCGAGUAAGCAUCGUUAAAGUCUCCCCUCCCACCGCCGUCAUGUCUAAGUCAGAGUCUCCCAAAGAGCCUGAACAGCUGCGGAAGCUCUUCAUCGGAGGUUUGAGCUUUGAAACAACCGAUGAGAGUCUGAGGAGCCAUUUUGAGCAAUGGGGAACACUUACGGACUGUGUGGUAAUGAGAGAUCCAAACACCAAGCGCUCCAGAGGCUUUGGCUUUGUCACGUAUGCCACUGUGGAGGAGGUGGAUGCAGCCAUGAACGCAAGACCACACAAGGUGGAUGGGAGAGUUGUGGAACCAAAGAGGGCUGUCUCAAGAGAAGAUUCUCAAAGACCUGGUGCCCACUUAACUGUGAAAAAGAUUUUUGUUGGUGGCAUUAAAGAAGACACUGAAGAACAUCAUCUAAGAGAUUAUUUUGAACAGUAUGGGAAAAUUGAAGUGAUCGAGAUCAUGACUGACCGGGGCAGUGGCAAAAAGAGAGGUUUUGCUUUUGUAACAUUUGAUGACCAUGACUCUGUAGACAAGAUUGUCAUUCAAAAAUACCAUACUGUGAAUGGCCACAACUGUGAAGUAAGGAAAGCCCUAUCUAAGCAAGAGAUGGCUAGUGCUUCAUCCAGCCAAAGAGGUCGAAGUGGUUCUGGAAACUUUGGUGGUGGUCGUGGAGGUGGUUUUGGUGGGAAUGACAACUUUGGUCGUGGAGGGAACUUCAGUGGUCGAGGUGGCUUUGGUGGCAGUCGAGGUGGUGGUGGAUAUGGUGGCAGUGGGGAUGGCUAUAACGGAUUUGGUAAUGAUGGAAGCAACUUUGGAGGUGGCGGAAGCUAUAAUGAUUUUGGCAAUUACAACAAUCAAUCCUCAAAUUUUGGACCCAUGAAAGGAGGAAAUUUUGGAGGCAGAAGCUCUGGCCCCUAUGGUGGUGGAGGCCAAUACUUUGCCAAACCACGAAACCAAGGUGGCUAUGGUGGUUCCAGCAGCAGCAGUAGCUAUGGCAGUGGCAGAAGGUUUUAAUUACUGCCAGGUAAGUAAACACCUUUUUAUGUUUUAAGUUAAUUUUUGUAAAUGAUAAUGAAACCCAGUAACCCUAAUGUAGCUGAGCAGUGCAACAUAGUUAACAUUAUAAUUGCAGUAAAAUUUUGGAUAUUAAGUUAAUAUUCAGAUCAGCAAAAUUUGUGGGAAACAAAACUUGCUAUUGGAUUGUAGCUUUGAGUCUUAAUAUGUUUAGAUUAACAACUUUAUUCCAUAUUGUUCAACAGGAAACAAAGCUUAGCAGGAGAGGAGAGCCAGAGAAGUGACAGGGAAGCUACAGGUUACAACAGAUUUGUGAACUCAGCCAAGCACAGUGGUGGCAGGGCCUAGCUGCUACAAAGAAGACAUGUUUUAGACAAUACUCAUGUGUAUGGGCAAAAAACUCGAGGACUGUAUUUGUGACUAAUUGUAUAACAGGUUAUUUUAGUUUCUGUUCUGUGGAAAGUGUAAAGCAUUCCAACAAAGGGUUUUAAUGUAGAUUUUUUUUUUUUUUUUGCACCCAUGCUGUUGAUUGCUAAAUGUAAUAGUCUGAUCAUGACGCUGAAUAAAUGUGUCUUUUUUUAAAUGUGCUGUGUAAAGUUAGUCUACUCUGAAGCCAUCUUGGUAUACUACCCCAACAGUGUGAAGUUAGAAUUCCUUCAGGGUGAUGCCAGGUUCCAUUCGAAAUUGAUUUGCAACCUGCUUGGGCACAGACGCCAUUGUCUCCACAAACCUUGGUGUAGUUGAACUGACAGUUAAUGUGUUGUGACCUGGAGUUCACCAUUAAAAGGGUCACCCAAGCAAAGUCCUGGAGUUUAUUUGGUUAUUAAUAUGAUUGUUGGCACAUCCUAUGCAAUAUAUCUAAAUUGAAUUAUGGUAUCAGAUAAAAUUAUAGAUGGGAUUAAAGCUUGUGUAUCAUCCAUUAUCAUGUGUAAUCAAUAAACGAUUUAAUAUUCUCUUGAA